UCGACAGUCUUAAGUAUGAGUCCGUGGUAGCUACACAGUCUCUUUCCAUUUUAAAUCUAUUCCCAAUAGAGUUGAAGUGCCAGGACUUUCACGAAAUGAUUUUCGGAGCAAAUUCAAGGAGAGCGUUCGCAUUACAUUAGAUUUUUUCUGUUGUCAGUGAAUUCCUAGUCAUAAUGAGGUUGUUGUGUAUUGCCUGUUUCCUCAUUUUACUAUGCCGGGAAGUGAUUUCUGGCCGGUGGGCUUUUGGAGAGAUCGAAAUGUUAAUCCUAAACUACCAUGGUAAAGAGAAUAACGAUUCAAUCCUCUAUAAAAAUGUGAUAAAUGCAUUGGACCACGACUCGCGGAUGUUCAACGAAACAUUAUGCCGUAGUCAGUUUCGAACUAUGCUUAAGGCUGCGGAAGACCGUGAACAGUGGGCCAUUAAAGUUUUCGAUUCUUGGGGUAAAUUACCACCGGCCGGACUCCUUUAUGGCACCACGGCUGAUUAUGGAAACUUCGAUGAAUGUAUGGCCAUUGCCCAUGACAUAGGUGGAGACAGCAAUACAUUUUUAUCACAAUACUGUUUGGUGUCCUACCCAAUCCAAUAUGUGAUGACACUACCCGAUGAUCUGCACCCACCACCGUCUCUUGAUAAGGUUGGCGAAGGAACUCUAACCAGAGGCGUUUGUGUUCCCGACACCUGCUCUGCAGAGGUUUUAAAUGAGUUCAAGGAGCACAUAUUCCCGGUAACUAACAUCACAUCUGAGGACAAGCAUGAGCAUUCGUGGAAAUGUACACGGCACCAGUCAAACAAAUUUGGGACACUAGAAUAUGUUGCGAUUGUAAUUUUCGCUGCCAUCAUCAUGUUGAUGAUACUGAGUACAUGGUACGAAUACCGUGCCAAUAAAACUGGAGAACCAAAAAGUCCUGCACUCAUAGCAUUUUCCGUCAUUACUAAUAGCAAAAAACUUUUCAAGAUACAGUGGAAGCCGCACAAGGACGCAAUAGGAUGUUUGAAUGGAAUCCGAGUCGUUUCAAUGUUGUGGAUAAUAUGGGGUCAUAUAUUUUUGAAUGGUUUUUCCUUACCCUCUGUAAACUAUCUGCAAUAUUGGAAGUGGAUACAACGAUAUGAUAUCAUGCUCGUUAUUAGCUCUACCAUAGGCGUGGAUACAUUCUUCUUACUGAGUGGAUUCCUGGUAACGUUCCCCAUUUUCAGGAGUCUUGAAAAAAGGGGGAAGCUUACUAUCCAUGAAAUACUUGUGAUGUGGAUUCAUCGGUACCUAAGGUUCUUCCCACUUUUGGGAGCGACCGUUCUCUUCUCGCUUACAUUCUUGAGAUAUAUGGCUGAUGGUCCCCUCUGGAACAGUUUUAUCGCUGCGGUGGUUCCCACUUGCCACAAAUAUUGGUGGUCUGCGUUUUUACAUGUUCAGAACUAUGUGAAUCCUACGAAAAUAUGCUGGAUCCAUACUUGGUACCUAUCAGCUGACUUUCAGAUAUAUAUGUUGUCUCCACUCAUCCUAAUUCCGCUUUAUAAAUGGCGCAGGAGGUUCAUCCCAGUUAUCAUAUUACUUAUAACUGCAUCCGCGUUGUACCAGUUUUUUGCCAUGGUUGAAAACAAAUACACUGUAAGGGUCAUACAAGAUAAGCUAAAUCCCAGCGACAAAUAUGUGACCCUUCUAUACUACGGAGCUCAUAUCAAAGCUAUACCCUCACUGGUCGGCAUGCUAUUGAGUUACAUUUUCCACAAACAAAAAGAAUCUAAACUGGAGUUACCUAAGGCCCUAGUCCUUUCUGGUUGGAUAUGCAGUGCGGCCUUGAUUUAUGCGGUAGUUUUUGGACCAUUCAGAUUGCAACAGCUGACCGCUCCAGUGGAAGUAGUUGAGGAUGCAAUUUACAAAGCAUUAAGUCCCUUAGCUUGGGCGAUUGGCGUAUCGUGGGUGAUCUAUGCCUGUCACUUUGGAUACGGUGGCUUAGUCAACUCAUUCCUAUCAUUCCCAAUUUGGCAACCAUGUGCACGUCUAACCUAUGCCAUUUACUUGAGCCAUUUUGUUAUACAAACCAUAAUAGCCGCUUCAACCCGAACUCCUGUCUAUUUCAACACUAUAACUUUGAUUGAACAGUAUUGGGCCGUUUUGGGAUUCACUAUUCCGAUUUCCAUUUUCUUGGUCUUAGCUCUGGAGAGCCCGGUUAUCGCUUUGGAAAAACGGUUGCUGAAACCUCGUACAUCAGAAGGCAAAGGAAAUCAAAUCGAUUUACAAUCAGCAUGUCCUGCGUCGAAUGGCCAACACUACGAUAAAAGUAUCGACAUAUAUAAAUUUUAAAUAUUUAUAAUAAAUGAAC